CAUCAACACCCGCUCAAGCAUCACGUGCUCGUGUCCGGACUGCUGCUGCAAACUGCCUUUACUGCACUGCUGGAUCUCGGUUUGCCAAUUGCAGCUGUCUGAUUGCUUCGACGCGCCGCAGCCAACAGCACGCGGCUGAAUUCUGCACCGGCGCACCACAGCUCAGCACCCGCUCCAGCUGUCAAGAUGAACGGUGACAGCUACUCCCGAGACGGCGGCCGCGCAGGCGGAGGAUCACGGAACUACUCCUCGAGAGACGACCACCGCGAUCGCGACAGGGGCGGUGACAGGCGCCGCCGCCGUUCGCGCUCCCCCCGACACGGCUCUCGCCGCGACUACGAGGUCGACACGUACUCGUCCAGCCGCGACUACCGUGAGCGCGAGCGCGAGGACACGUACGCCCGCCGCGAGAGGCGCGAUGACCGCGGCGCUGACCGCGGCGCUGACCGUGAAGGAGGCGCCCGCGAAGGCGGCGCUCGUGAGGGAGGCGCCCGCGAGGGAGGUGCCCGUGAAGGCGGUGCUCGCGAGGGCGGAGGCCGUGAGGGCGGCGGCCGCCGCGACUGGGGCGACUCGUACUCGAGGCGCGACCGUCCAAGAGACCGCGGUGACCGUGGCGACCGCGACGGUGGCGAGGAGCGCGGUGGACGACGCGACCGCGGCGACCGCAACGACCGAUUUGGCGGAGAAGACCGCGGCGGGAGGGGACGACGAGAUGGUGGAGGAGGAGGAGGAGGCUGGGGCGGAGGCAGAGGAGGAAACCAGCGCCAGAAGUCGCCCUCGCCGGUCGCAAAAGCGCGCGAGCCUACCCCAGACCUGACGCCCUUCACCAACAUCCAGAACCGUCCGCGCCGCAUGACACAGUGGGACAUCAAGCCCGCUGGCUACGAAAACAUCACCGCCGAGCAGGCCAAGCUGUCCGGCAUGUUCCCUCUGCCCGGCGCUCCCCGCGCUGCGCCUAUGGACCCGUCGAAGCUGGCCGCUUUCAUGAGUCCUUCUGCUGGCACUGCCUCCUCUGCCGCGCUCCAGACCGUCAACGCAAAGCAGGCAAAGCGACUUUACAUCCACAACCUGCCCGCUGGCGCAACAUCCGAGGAGAUUGUCGAAUUCUUCAACUUGCAGCUUAACGGACUGAACGUCGUCACUGGCCAGGACCCCUGUCUUUCUGCCCAGGUCGCAAGCAACAACGAGUACGCGCUCCUUGAAUUCAAGACUGCCGAAGACGCAACCAUUGCCCUUGCCAUGAACGGUAUUGCCAUGCGCGACAGCGCUGCUGGCCCUGAUCAGAGCGGUUUGUCCAUUCGCCGACCCAAGGACUACAUCACGCCCACUCGUGACGAGAACGCCUACUCUGGCGACGAGGUCUCGACCGACGUCAAGGACAGCCCCAACAAGCUCAGUAUCGUCAACAUCCCGCAGUACAUCGACGAGGAGCAGGUCCGCGAACUCGUCGAGACCAUGGGCAAGCUCAACGCCUUUGUGCUCGUCAAAGACAGCACCGAUCAGCACCGCGGUAUCGCCUUCUGCGAGUACGCUGACAACGAGAUUGUCGAUGCUGUUAUCGAGGGCCUGAAUGACAUCCCUCUCGGUGACGGUCACCUGAAGGUCUCCCGCGCCACGGUUGGUCUGCAGCAGGCGCAGGGUCUCGACGGCGGUGUGCAGGCCAUUACAGGCCUCGCCGGCGCCGAAGCCGCCAAGGACCACGAGCACAGCAAGGUCAUCUGCCUGAUGAACAUGGUCACAUCCGACGAGCUGAUCAACGACGAGGAGUACGACGAAAUCAAGGAAGACAUUGAAGAAGAGUGCAGCAAGUACGGUCCCAUUGUCGAAGUCAAGAUCCCCCGUCCCGCGGGAGCCCGCAUCAACCUCGGCGUCGGCAAGAUCUACAUCAAGUUCCAGGACACCGACUCGGCACAGAAAGCCAUCAAGGCACUCGCCGGCCGCCAGUUCUCGCGGAGAACCGUCGUUGCGACCGAGUUCUCGGAAGAGGGUUUCGAUGUCGAGGCUUGGUAGACGGGGGCGCAACGAGAGAGGGGUGUGUUAUGUUGCAGACGCGGCGUUUUGGGCUUUGAAGUCAUCUGGUGCACGUUGGCACAGAUGCAUCAGACUGCUAUGUACACUAAUUCGAUCAUACACAAAAGCGAGCAUGGCGGGUAUGGAGCUACGAAACAGAAGACAUGUGUUUGAGUCUUUGAAUAUUUUCAUGGCUGGGCGCCGAGUGGCAGGACUUUGUCUCGACCGCCCUCCGCGACAUAUAUGAUUGGAAUGCACAACACUUCGCUUCAGUUUGAUU